AUGCAGGAUCUGGUCGGGUCGUUCAAGGCAAUCGCUUUGGACGAUUUGCGUUGCCAAUCAUUGAUUACAGAUGCAACUUCAUUGAGCGGUCUUGUGAUUUUGCUCUCAAACGAAUGUCCGUCGGUAGUCCUGGGUAUUCUUGAGACAUUUAUUGCUUUAUCAAAGCGCGAAAAUGGGUUAAUCUAUAUUUCGAGGUUGCAUGGAUUGCGCGACCAACUUCUAAGGCUUCAGGAAGAGGAUGAGAACAUCCCACCAGAAGUGAUGGGACUUGCUCAUAGUCUUUACGAGGACCUUUACUCUACGAAGCACUGCUUGAAGAGGUCAGGCACAAAAGUAUCUCGUUUGAAAUGUCAGCGCAAAUUUCAUUCCGUUGUUGUUCAGUUAUCCGGAAAAAUAAAUAUGUUCGGUCUAAAGGUGAUAGAGUCUCAACUACUCACCAUUAAAGGAGUGAUUAGCAUAACUUUCCAACUGAAUAAGUGUCGUGUCAUCGUGAUGACUGUGGAUACUAUUGAGCCGGAACAAAUUCUCGACAAGGUUAGCGUCGCUUGCCAACAGUUGGCUUCGGAAAGUGGUCUGACUGAUAUACCUGCCUGCUUUAUCCGAAGGCGGAAUUGUUCUCAAGUCGCGAUCCAACGUCGUAACACUGUACGUAGUAGCUGCGCCUCUAUCUCAAGUACAAUGCCACCACUAGGGCAGCUAAAAACGCGGCAGAAGCCACAGCCGAUGAAGCCCUACCUGAUGGACGGCGCAGACAUCUUUGAGGUGGACCCGGAUCGCGGCGUACCGCAGUGUCGAAAUGUCAUUGCUAACGACGCUAGCGGCACUAGCCGUGGGUUUGGCGGAUGGCUCUCUGACCUUCUUGAAAGGACGGUCUUUUGGUGA